UUCCCAGUCCUGGGUCGCGUCAGAUGUAAAUGAAUGAACAGCAUUUCCUGCUGUUUUGUUUUUGUUCCCUGCCGAUCUCUAUAUUAUGGCCGAGGAAGAAGAUGAUCCCGGUUUUGACGAGGAUUUGGACGACGGAGGAAACGGGGCAGACUCUGGCCAAGGAAGGAGAAAGCGGCUUUUUUCCAAGGAGCUUCGCUGCAUGAUGUACGGCUUCGGAGACGACCAGAACCCGUACACCGAGUCAGUGGACAUCCUGGAGGAUCUUGUGAUCGAGUUCAUCACGGAGAUGACACACAAAGCCAUGUCCAUCGGGCGCCAGGGCCGCGUCCAGGUGGAGGACAUUGUCUUUCUCAUCAGAAAAGACCCCAGAAAGUUCGCUAGGGUAAAGGACCUGCUCACCAUGAACGAAGAGCUGAAGAAGGCUCGCAAAGCCUUCGACGAGGCAAAUUAUGGCUCUUAAAAUAAGCCGUCGGUUGCUAGACUUUUAUUUUGUCCAGUCCUUGUUAAAAAAGGUUAUUUUUUUUUACAUUUUAUUGCUUCAUAUUCAGUUGCUUGACACUUCACAGUUUAGUUAAUUUUGUUUCAGUUUUUGUACAAUAAAUGUACAUUGUUACACUUUUA